AUGCCUCCAGUUGCAACCGCAAAUGCUGUACCCGACGCAGUUAAGAACGAGACCCCGACGCCCUACCUCAGCACCAUGCCUGCCAGUAACUUCUCAUGGCAGAUCACUCUCGUCGAGAAAGUGGUGGCUAUCACCGGUGCCAACCGUGGGAUCGGCCUGGGUAUUGCAGAAGUAUGUCUGGCUAACUCGGCCAAGGUGGUGUACUCGUUGGACAUGAUGGAGCCCGGUGAGGAUUCUGAGGGGUUGCAGAAGCGGUACCCCAACUUCCGGUAUAUUCAGACAGACGUGACCUCGGAGGAGAGCGUACAAAAAGCCAUUGACCAGGUUGUGCAAGAAACUGGUCGAAUCGAUGGUCUGGUUGCCAACGCUGGCAUGACCAAGCAUCAGCCGGCUCUUAACUUCGACCGUCCAGAACUGGAGAAGUUGUUUAAUCUGAAUGUCUUCGGCGCAUAUUUCUGUGCCCAAAUUGUCGCACGCAAGUUCAUCGAGCUGGGUAUCAAGGGCUCAAUCGUGAUGACCUCCAGCAUGACUUCCUAUCGACCAAACCGGGCUGCUCCUUCUGCCCCGUACGGAGCUACUAAGGCUGCUGUGCGGAACAUGUGCCACACUCUCGCGAUGGAAUGGAGCAAGCACGGGAUCCGGGUCAACAGCAUAUCUCCCGGGUUUGUUCGCACAGCCAUGACCUACUAUGUCGAGAAGUCGCCGGACUGGGAUCUGAAGAUGCAAUACUAUGGCGGCAUGCCUCGCUUGGCCGACCCGCGCGAACUGGGCGGCGCAUAUGUGUACCUGCUCAGUGAUGGCAGUUCGUACACGACGGGCAUUGACAUUCCUAUUGCAGGUAUUGUAGGCGCAUGGCACUCCGCCGGUUUGUCGGACUCGGCCGAUACCGCCGCCUCAGGCACCAACUCCCGUAUACUUUCCCGGCCUGUCUCCUCUUCCCUCCUGCUUUUCUUCAAAACAAACAUGCCAAAAUCAAACGAAGUACCUGCCACCACAUCGGGCAGGAUCUCUAAGCACAAUGCUGGCUGGAGGCGUGUGGUCCGGCAUUUCAGUCCCUCAUGGUUUUCCACGACGAUGGGCACGGGCAUUGUCGCCGUGUUGAUGCAAUCGGUGCCAUUUCAUACUCCAGUACUCCACUAUCUCUCCAUAGUCUUCUUCUUGCUGAAUGUGGUGCUCUUUGGUCUGGCAUUUCUUACCUCGGUCCUGCGAUACUCCCUGUAUCCGGAGAUCUGGCGAGUCAUGAUCCAGGACCCCACAAAUUCAUUGUAUAUGGCGACGGCACCCAUGGGCUUUGCGACUUUGAUCGAGAUGUGGAUCUUUAUCUGCGUGCCGCUAUGGGGCCCGUGGGCUAUAACCGUUGCUUGGGUGCUGUGGAUAAUUGAUGUCGUUGCGGCGGCAGCGGUUACCCUCUCUCUAUCCUUCAUUCUAAUCUCCCAACGCCAUAUCACCUCAUUGGAUCGGAUCACAGCCAUCCAACUACUACCAAUUGCGGCAACAAUUGUAGCCGCCGGAGUGGGCGCAAGGGUUGCCGGCAUUCUGCCUAACGAGUCACAUGCUCUCGGCACGCUUCUUGUUUCCUAUAUUCUCUGGGGUAUGGGCACGCCCUUGGCCCUCGUGGUGUUAGUGAUCUACUAUCAGCGGCUGGCGGUACAUAAGCUUCCACCACGGGAAAUGAUCGUGAGCUGUUUCUUACCCCUAGGGCCUUUGGGGUUCGGUGGCUUUGGUAUCAUUUUCAUGGGGAAGGUCGCCCGAGAGCUUCUGGCAAACUCAAACAUUCUCGAUCCCCUGGCUGGCAGACUCGCCUAUGUGCUGGGUGCUUUCAUUUCACUUCUCAUGUGGAGUUUUGGUUUGAUCUGGCUAGUAUUUGCCUUAGCAACUGUGCUUCACAGCUCCCCGUUCCCGUUCAAUAUGGGUUGGUGGGGAUUUACUUUCCCUCUCGGUGUGUAUGCCGCCAAUACCAUGGAACUCGGUAUUGAGAUGGAUCUGAUGUUCUUUAAAGUCCUUGGAACGAUUGCUUUGCUAGAUAUUGAGCACGGCCGUUCUCUUGCUGUGGGCAUUGGUGCUGUCGCGAACCGCGCAAGGGGCAUGGCGUGGGAAUCUCUUCUAUGCUCCAUGCCUGCAGAACCUGACAUUGAAAGAUGA